AUGCAAGACAAAGAAGUUCAAUGGAAACCCAUGCUGGUAGGUGGUGCGGCUGGUCUUGUUGCAGAAACUUUGGUAUUUCCUAUAUCAACUAUUAUUACAAGAGUGCAGUCAUCGAUUCCCUUUUACCAAGCAGGUGGAUUCAGGCAUUUGUAUCGGGGCCUCAGUAGUGUUUUAGUGAGCACGCUUCCCUCAACCUCGUCGUUUUUCUUUAUUUAUGAAUAUGCAAAGCAAAAACAGAAACCGGGUGCUCAAAACCAUCUUGUAUCAGCUUCUGUAGCUGAAAUAUUCUCUUGUGCUAUUUUGGCGCCUGCGGAAGCUAUUCGACAACGAGCCCAAACAUCAAAGAUGUCUUUGUCAAAGAUUGUUUCAACCUUUUUUCAUUCUCGCAAAGAUGUUUGGCAGUCUUUCAAAGGGAUGUCUAUAAGAAAUGUCCCAGCUACAGCAUUUCAGUUCGUUCUCUACGAGAAAUUUAAGUCGAAAUUUACAGAGUCCGACAAAUUGUUUGGCGCUCCUAAAGGUGCCGCUUUAAGUGGAGCCAUAACGGCAGCGGUUUUAACUCCCUUAGAUGUCAUCAAAACACAAAUCAAUCUACAGCCUGAUGAUUAUAAGACAACCAUUCGGCGAACUUACCAGCGUCAUGGUGUCUUUGGGUUUUUCAAAGGUCUUUCAUUACGUGUUUUCGCUGCUUCUUUGGGUCUCUCCAUAUAUUUAGGAACGUAUGAAUAUUUCAAAAAUCAUCUCCAUAUCCAGCGUCUCCGAGACCAGCAUGUCGAUUAA